GACCCAGCACAGUUCUUGCAUAUAAACAGUGACAAUUACAAUAUAAAGGACUUACACCUUCUUUUGGAGUAACAUUAGUGCUAGUGAGAGGCUUGCCUACUUUUUAAGGCUAAGAAGACACAUUUUCUGCAGGUAAACCAAAAGCUUUCAGGAAACAUUUCCUGUCAUUCUACAUUUGCUGGUUAUUCAGUCUGGAGCACUCUUCUGAUGCCAAAGUAUUUACAGAACCUCCCCAAAUGAAACAGUCCCUUGGAUAUGAUUGGCCUUGUACUUACAUGAACUGAAGUAACAAGUACACAUCAGUAACUUUUCUCACCGAAACCCACUGGAUGCUGUCUUUUUGCCCAGUCAAAAGUGGCUACAUUUUGCUUAGCUGUUUGGGAAAAUUAGUUUUAUUUGCAAUAUUAAAAAGAUGCCUGAAGAAGAAAAACUCUCUCUGAAGAAAGCAAUUCAGUUUGGUGUUAAUGUAUUUAUUCCAGCAGUAAAACUAUGCAACAGAAAUGAAAAUGGCCCCUGAAGUUAUUACGCUUGCUGUUUACACAACAUGCAAAUAAAACAUAUGUGACUGGUCCCUCGUAAAAAAAAGCUGCAUCACUAAUGGAGAGCUGACUGUCAAAUAAGAGCCGUCAGAAAAGCCAUAGACUCAACUUUAAUUUAGUUAACUAUAAGCAUAAUGACCUGUUGCAAUUUUGUAAUAUGAAAAUCAUGUUAGCUUCUGAACAUAAGGAUUUCUGGAUUCCCUACCUACAAGAAAUCUUUCCUUAAAUGAGAUAUUUCAUUUCCUUAUCUCAGUAUUUGGUCUAAUCAGCAAUAGAAUUCGGAAAAGCAUCCCUAGAGAGAGAAUGUCAGUUAAAAGUAUACAUAAUAACAGCAAGAAGAAUGAAAAGCUUAGCUUCUUCAGGAGCAAGGUAUUCAUUUGCAACUUAGGAACAAUCUUAAUAUACAGGUCAAAUGACAAAUGAAAUGGGUCGCAAAGAAGCACGUUACUUACAAACUUUAAAUUGCGAUUCAAUGGAUCAGCAAAACAUGAAAAUGCGCCCCGUGCUAUUGAAGAGGAACAGUCUGGAUUCAGCUGAUUUUAUAAGGCAGCCACACCACCGCAGGACCAAAUCUCAGCAAGUCCGAUUCAAGGAUGAUGGUGUGAACGCAAAGACAGAACUGGAUACUAAUCCUGCCGAAGAUAUAGCGUUCACAACAGGAAAAACAGAAAUAUUUUGGGAUCACAAUUUUUUGCUACAUCAAUCUCCAUCUUUUCCAAGGGCUCAGAAGGGGCUUCGGAAUAUUGCCAUACAAACAUCUCCUAGCCUCAGGAAACACUUCCCAGUUUUUAAAAAGAAAAAGCUGACAGUAAGCAAAUCAUUAACAGAAAUGCCAGCCGAGCCUGCAAAUUCUAUCCAAGUAAAUGGCAAUUUUUCUGAACAAAACAUGUCUUCAGAUCUCUGUUACUUAAGAAUAACUAAUCAUUUGGAAGAUGGAUUUGGGAAUAGUGAUGUAGAUGUUCACUUAAGUCAAAGGCCAUCAAAAGCACAGAGCAAUGGAUCCAUCCACUCUGAUGAUUUCUCAGUAUUGGAGAAGACAACUGUUUCUACACAGGUGCCUGAAUACAUACAUGUGAGUUUUCCACAUGACAGCAAUGUUUCCAUGGAUACACCAGACACAACCAUGACUUUAAGUAAUUCACUGCAUUCUUCUACUGUCACAAAUAGCAAUGAAAAUAAUGAGAACAGCACGUUGUCAUCUAAUUCUGAAAAAGCAUACCCUUGCCUAAGCAAUUCUAACUGCACUGAAUGCAAUCCUCAUUCUGACUCUUGUGAAGCAGAUAAAAGUGAUUUUGCGUCCGUUGUAGCCAGCAAAGAUGCAAGCAGUAAGGAAACUACUCCAUUCUCACCUUCAUCAAAUCACAGUUCAUCUCCUUGUUUCCUCAGAGACUAUCAACAGGCAGGAGAGCACAAAACAGAUUCCAGCUGUGUGACAUUAACAAAUGAUGAUCACACAACAGUGUCACUGACCAGCAGUAAUGCAUCAAAAUCUAUUCUGUCAUGUAAUACUGAAAUCGAGAAAAAAUCUACCCAGUCAGAUGUUUCCCAAUGUAAGAGCUGUUUAGAAGGAUUUCACAUAAAGUCUUAUCUGCCAAGGAAUGAAUUAAAACCACAAAGCAACAAAGAGAUUAGUGAAAUAAAUAAAAUUCAUUUGGCACAUGGAGAACUCUGUGCCCUACAAGGCAGGCUGCAGUCUGUAGAGGAAUCCUUGCAGUCGAACCAGGAGAAGAUUAAAGUCCUUUUGAAUGUAAUUCAAGACCUGGAAAAAUCCAGAGCCCUCAGUGAAGGGCGGAACUUCUAUCACACGGGGCAAGACCUCAACAACUGCAGCACCUGUCAGAACACCGCAUGUAUCAUUUACAGUGUAGAAUAUGACUUCAGACAACAAGAAGGAAGAUUUCAUCAGAUUUUGAAAAUGCUGGAUCACGCAGAGCAAAAUCCAGGUUCAGCUUCACCUCAGAAACUGCCACCUGAUCACCCAGCUCCCGAGAAAAAGGAGUUAAGAAGAAAAACAAAAAAGGUGAAAAGAAAGUGCUUCUGGUGGAUUUGACUUCCUUAUGGAUCCUUUUACAUUUCAAAAGACACUAGAACAGAAAGAGGUUUGAAAGCACACACCUGAAAAUGUGCUAUUAUGAAAUCACAAAGCUAAAGAAUGUUUAAUUAGAGUAUCUGAAAAAUCAAAAGAAUUGAAUUUACUUACAUCAUCUCAUAGAAAAAAGGCGCAUCAAAAAGAAAACGUUACUUUCAAAAGGAAGCUUUCUCAUUUUUCCAAGGACACAUUCAUAUGCUCUGUAAAGAUUUUUUUUUUUCCAACUUUCCAAAAAUAACAAGGUUUAAAUCUAUACUUUAAGUAACAAUGGUAGACAAAGCUAAGAGUGUCACACAGUCUUCAUUUCCCAUUUAUAAGCAACAUGGACUAAAAGGGAAGAACUUAAUUGAUCUUUAAACAAACCACAUAAUCAAGAACAGAUUCAGGGGAAUCUACGUUUUUCAAACAGAUCUCGAAGGAGACUAUUACAAUUAUUUCACAUCGUCACUGAAAAAUUUUGUGUUGCUAUCAUCUAAUAUUUAACAACAACAAAAAAGAAUUUCAGGGUAAGUUUCACUCUGUCCUUUUAUUGGUUCAUUUUAAAAAGCAACCAUUUAGAAGUUUCAGCCAUUUAAUAGACUUCUCUGAAAAGAAUCAUAAAAGAAGAUAAUAUCUCAGUAGUCUUAACCCCCUAGACAAGCAAGGUCCAGUUAGGUGAAUUUGAGUUUUGAGUAUCUUCAAAUACAAGAAUCCAUAACCCCUUGGGCAAGCUUCUUCCCAAAUUUUCCAAUUUUUUUCGUAAUACCUAAUCUGAAUUUCCAAUGUUGUAACUUGUGUCCAUUACAUUUUGCCCUACCCAAAUACACUUUCAAGGAGAAUUGGACAGAUAGUAAGACCUCUCUCCUAAGCCUUCACUUAUUAAAGACUGAACAAAUCCAAUUUUCACUGCUUCUCUUCACAUGUUAUGUGCAGCCCACAGUCACCUUGAUGGUCUCCCUCCAGUAAGUUGAUGACUUUCAUCUAUCUGGAAGCCUGAAGGUGGAUCCAAUGCCUUGGAUGUCCUCACACAAUUACUGAAUACAUGGGAAUAACAACUUUGGCUACUGUCCUGCUAAACUGCUUGCCCAAUUUGCCCAUUUAAGACCUGUAUCACUAUACCAAAACAUCCCAAGGUGUGAGCUUUUGGCCUUAAAAUAUAAGUUGAUACACAAUACAAAAUUGACCAUAUAAAUAAUAUUUAAUAAACUUAUCUGUAUUAUAUUAACAAAUAUAUAUUCUGGAAAGAUUUUUAUCAGAUGUCAGCGCAACUAUUUCUUUUCUUCAAAAAUAGUUACCAGCUAGCACAGGGUAUGACAAUAACCUAAUUUAGAGUUCAUGAUACUAUUAUUUUGCUCAUGAAGAUAUGGUCAACUUUCAUAGGGGGGGUGAGGGGGAAAAUUUUUCCAAAGCAAGUUUAAAGGGCACACUGUAAAGCCUCAAUAAUGUAUUUUAUGUUUAGUGGAAUGUACUGCAAACCUUUUCUUAGAAGUGACUCUGGUUAAUUAGUCCAAAUGGUGCCAGGGUAUUCAGUAGAUUAACCCCUGGAUCCUAUUUUUCUAAAUCUUAUUGUAUUAACUGUUUGAUGUCAAUUAAAAAUGUCUGUACACUUUUUGUACACUUUUGUGUUCCUUGAAUUCUUAGGGUUAAUUACACAUUUGAAAACACAUUAAAAACAAUUUUGCACA